CUUCUUUGUUUGUUUGCUCUGCUGCACGUACACCUGCAUGGCAGAAGAGGGCAACCUUACAGAGGGUGGGAGCCACCAUGUGCUUUCUGGGACUUGAACUCAGGACCUCUGGAAGAAUGGCUAAUGCUCUUAACCACUGAGCCAUCUCACUAGCCCAGUUUAUUUUAUUUUAUGUAUAUGAGGGUUUUACCUGCAGGUAUGUCUGAGUACAACACAAAUGCAGUGAGGAAGUCUGGACAGAAUGUGAGAUGCCCUGGAACUGAAGUUACAGACGGUGUGAGCCACCUGAGUGCUGGGUACUGAACCCUGGUCCUCUGCAGAAGCCGUCAGCGCUCUAACCACUGAGCAGUCUCUCCAGGCCCUUAUUUUAUAUUUCAUAAUAUUUUAAAUAUGAAUUCUGGCCAAGAACAUAUAUUGUAAGAUAUUUAUCAUACCAAAAGAGCAAGGAAUAACCUAAAUAUCCCAAGGUAAGAAAACGACUUUUUGAAAGAAAGAAUUCCUGUGUUUGGGUGAAUACCCAUAAUCCUAGUUAGUACAUGAUGGACAAGAGGACUGCAAACUGGAGGCUAGCCUUGGCUACAUAGAUAGGUAUAGCCUGGUUCCAAAAAGGUUUCAUCUCUGUGUGUAUAAUCAGGUUAUGUUAACAUUGAUAACCACACUCAGAACAUUGCUCUAUUUGUUAUAAGAUAUGGACUACAUCAUAAACUGGGUAUCUUUUUGGAAAGGGGCCACAUUAAUCUAUGCACAGUUCCAGUUUUAUUAAGUAAUCACUGCCCAAACAAGUGCUUACUUUUCUGUAGAGUCUAAAGCAGCACCAGGCUGGCUUCAACUCACUGUGCCAAAUGCUCAAGUUACAGAUGUGUCCCACCUGGGCUAGCUUUUUGUGGUUUUGAGACAAUCUUUUUUUUUUGCACCCCCUUUCUGUUUUGAGACAAUCUUAAGUAGCCCAGGCUGGCCCAGCAUAAGAAUAUUUUAUAAUUAAAAAAUGUUUAUGAUGUGAUACAGGCAAAGCAAUAUAGAAUUUCAUAUGUCUACAUGCUAAAAUUUCCUUUUGAGUCAUCUUUUGUUAACAUAAAUGCACACAUUGUGGUACAUACAUUGUUAUACCUUGUUGGCUUUUUCCUCUCUAUUACCCACAUUUCAAAAUUUUCUUCUUGUCAGUUCUUCAAAUUGAACUUAGGGCUAGGGAGUGAAUGCUAGGGAAGUGUUCAUUACUGAGCUGCAUUCAGAGCCUGUUCAAAGAAAGUGUUAAGAGUAGCCAGCUACUCAGCCGGCUCAUGGUUAAAAGCACUCAUUGCUCCUGCAGAAGACCUAGGCUUGGUUCCCAGUUCCCAUGAGGUGGCUCACAGCCAUUCAUAACUCCAGUUCCAGGGCCUACUCUCCCUCUCUGACCUCCACAGCUACCAGGCUCACAUGGUACGUGUACACACAAACAUCCAGUACAUAGAUAACACAUUUACAUGUAAGUUUUAAAACCUUUAUUUAGUGCUGGGAGAUGCGUAUGAGCUUGAACUAUGAGCUUUGGAAGGUAAACUGGAGUCUCGAGGCUCGGUGUGGGAGGGGAAGUGUGUAAUGAAAACCCCUGGAAGGAAAGGAUGUCCAAAGGGGGCAGCAGCAUUGUUUCUGAUUGGGGGGGGGAUAAUGUUUGCAUGAUGGCAAUAAAAAGAAAAUGUAUUGAUUCUGUAAUCUUUACUAGAAAACCGUAUCAGUUGUUUUGUCUGGCAUAAGAACAGUAGCCAGAAGAUGAGGACGGGUGUGGCUGCAGAGUGCACGUUUGUAUGCCGUGGUCUGGGUCUCUCCUUGCCAGGCAGCAGCAGCCUCAGCACUGGGCACAGCCUACCUUUCAUUCUUCUGGGUUGGGGAAUUUAAUAUCAGUAUUUGAUGAGAUGCUAAAAGAACAUGCUAAUAACUAGAACAUACUUUAUUCUUAUUAGAAAGGAAGUUUGUUUAUUUGGGAUAUAAAAGAAUGAAUUAUUAGGCAAAUGAAUAAUGCUUUGUUUAUUAGCAUAUCGUCUUUCUCUUUCAGGCACGUAUUAAAUUUCCUAUUGACUACCCAUAUUCACCACCUACCUUCAGAUUCUUGACCAAAAUGUGGCACCCCAACAUCUAUGAUAAUGGAGAUGUAUGCAUUUCAAUCCUUCAUCCGCCUGUAGAUGACCCACAGAGUGGAGAGCUGCCCUCUGAAAGGUGGAAUCCUCCUCAGAAUGUGAGGACUAUCGUGCUGAGUGUAAUCUCCCUGCUUAAUGAGCCCAACACCUUUUCCCCAGCCAAUGUGGAUGCUUCAGUCAUGUUCAGGAAAUGGAGGGACAGCAAAGGAAAGGACAAGGAGUACGCUGAGAUCAUUAGGAAACAGGCCUCAGCCAUGAAAGCUGAAGCAGAAAAGGAUGGAGUGAAGGUCCCCACAACCCUGGCAGAAGACUGCAUCAAAACUAAAGUGCCUUCCAAUGACAACAGCUCAGAUUUGCUUUAUGACAACCUGUAUGAUGACGACAUUGAUAACAAAGACGAGGAAGAAGAAGAUGCCGAAUGUUAUAAUGAUGAUGAUUCUGGAAAUGAGGAGUCGUGACAUGUUCCUUCAGUUCCCUGUACUGCCCUGACGUCUCAGGCCAAAGGGAGGGAAGCAAGUGGGGAUCUACAGUGGCCACCCAGCAAAAACUUACUCAUGGGGUGGGAAGCAAACAGCCCCUGAUGACUCACUCCUCUUGCAGAUCUCAGUUUGGUCCUUUUUAUGGACCUUACUGGAGAGGAAUUUCCCUCCACAGAAUGUCUGAAUCCUUGCAUUCUUCCCUCCAUCACUGUAUUGAUUCUUUUUUUUUUUUUAACUUUUUUUUAUCUAUAUCAACUUGCGUAUUUCUUAUUUACAUUUCGAUUGUUAUUCCCUUUCUUGGUUUCCAGGCCAACAUCCCCCUAAUCCCUCCCCCUCCCCUUCUAUAUUCUUGUUCCCCUUCCCAUCCUCCCCCCAUUACCACCCUCGCCUCAACAAUCACAUUCACUGGGGGUUCAGUCUUGGCAGGACCAAGGGCUUCCCCUUCCACUGGUGCUCUUACUAGGCUAUUCAUUGCUAUCUAUGAGGUUGGAGUCCAGGGUCAGUCUAUGUAUAGUUUUUGGGUAGUUACUUAGUCCCUGGAAGCUCUGGUUGCUUGGCAUUGUUGUUCAUAUGAGGUCUCAAGCCCCUUCAAGCUUUUCGAGACCUUUCUCUGAUUCCUUCAACAGGGGUCCCGAUCUCAGUCCAGUGGAUUGCUGCUGACAUUUGCCUAUGUAUUUGCUGUAUUCUGGCUGUGUCUCUCAGGAGAGAUAUACAUAUGGUAACUGUCGGCCUGCACUUCUUUGCUUCAUCCAUCGUGCCUAAUUGGGUGGCUGUAUAUGUAUGGGCCACAUGUGGGGCAGGCUCUGAAUGGGUGUUCCUUCCGCCUCUGUUUUAAUCUUUGCUGCCCUAUUCCCUGCCAAGGGUAUUCAUGUUCCCCUUUUAAAGAAGGAGUGAAGCAUUUGCAUUUUGAUCAUCUGUCUUUAGUUUCAUGCGUUCUGUGCAUCUAGGGCAAUUCAAGCAUUUGGGCUAAUAGCUACUUAUCAAUGAGUGCAUACCAUGUAUGUUUUUCUGUGAUUAGGUUACCUCACUCAGGAUGAUAUUUUCCAGUUCCAUCCAUUUGCCUAUGAAUUUCAUAAUGUCAUUGCUUUUGAUAGCUCAGUAAUAUUCCAUUGUGUAGAUGUUCCACAUUUUCUGUAUCCAUUCCUCUGUUGAAGGGCAUCUGGGUAGUUUCCAGCUUCUGGCUAUUAUAAAUACGGCUGCGAUGAACAUAGUGGAGCACGUGUCUUUUUUAUAUGUUGGGGCAUCUUUUGGGUAUAUGCCCAAGAGAGAUAUAGCUGGGUCCUCAGGUAGUGCAAUGUCCAAUUUACUUAGGAACCUCCAGACUGAUUUCCAGAAUGGUUGUACCAGUCUGCAAUCCCACCAACAAUGGAGGAGUGUUCCUCUUUCUCCACAUCCUCGCCAGCAUUUGCUGUACCCUGUGUUUUUGAUCUUAGCCAUUCUCACUGGUGUGAGGUGAAAUCUCAGGGUUGUUUUGAUUUGCAUUUCCCUUAUGACUAAAGAUGUUGAACAUUUCUUUAGGUGUUUCUCAGCCAUUCGGCAUUCCUCAGCUGUGAAUUCUUUGUUUAGCUCUGAACCAACAGCCACCACCCCUCAAAACCCCAUCUCUGCAGAGUGUUCACAGCAAAACACCUUUGUCUGUUUCUAGAUUCUUGAAGAAUUUGUCUGUUUAAGACAUUGUGUUUAAAGCUGGGAGCCCACUGGGAGUCCACAAGUGCUGCAUAUAUUGGGUAGCAAAAGAAAAUGGGGGAAAAAAGAAAAAAAAAAAAAAAAAACAACAAAACCUAAAAAAAAAUAAAAUAAAAAAAACCCACAAAACAAACUUAAAAAAAAAAAAGCCAAUUUGCCAAGGUUUAGCUGCUCCUUUACAUUAGUGCGUGUGCAUUUUUCAGCCCUGUGGUGGUGAGUUUUGUUUCUUUCCCUUCCUAAGGCUGGGCUGAGGUGGGCAUCAGGGACUUACGCUCGCUAAGUCCGAUGAAGUGUGCUGCCUCUGUGAGACCAUCCAACAUGGAGGCUGCAGCUACGCUGAGGAGAUAUCAGAUUUUGCUUUUUGGAAUAGAUUGAGAUCUAAAGCCUGAAAUAAAUAUUCAUACUUUACAUAGAACUGAGCACUUGGUUGCUAUUUGUUUUAAAGGUAGGAUAAAUUUUUUCCACCAGAAGGUGGGGCCGGGAGUGGUGGUGGAAGUUAGUGUGUGUGAAUUUCUAGUUCUGAAAACAGAACUAUCCCAGUGUUGGCUGAUGGCUCUGAUGGGGAAGAAUGAGGACUGCUGGUGGCCGCUGUUGGGAGAGGGUGGAUCCCAGGUUUUUAUUUAAGUAGCCACCUUUAAUUACUCAGUAUUAAUCCUGGGUGCAUGUGUUAAGAUUUUGGUUUUCAUUGAGCUGCUCAUCUUGAUAGUGAUAAUUGUGGAUGUGUGCAACUUGGGAAUGGUUGUCUUCCUCAUUGGAUAUUGUCUGGACUUCCUGCUCCUUUCAAUGUACUUGGGCCAAGGAGUGCAAGCAGAGGUGGUUUAUGGAGCUUCCCUGGGCUCCUGGCACUUGGGCUUUGUUCCCAGGUGUCAAUCAUGUGGCUUCCUGCAGCUUCAUCCCAGACUUUAAAGAGAGUUUUGUUUAGCAACUGUGAAACCAGACUUCCAGAAGGAUAGGGGGUUGAGAUUCUUGUGUGCCAGGGUCCUUCCUUAUCCUCAGAUCACAGCUCAGAAAGAACCAAAGGGCAGAAGGGAACUGGAAAGGCCUGACCCUCCAUAAGUAAACUAUGCUUCCUCCUUCCAUGGUUCCCCUUCCUUUCUGAUCUCAGGGUUUUUUCAUUCUCUCUUCAAACUGCUCAAUGAAUGCGAUUUCUCAGCAGUUCCUGGCCUCUUAAGUUUCAUCUGUUACUAAAUGAGAAUGUUUACUGUUGAACACGUGAGCAUUGAAAUUUAAAGAAAUAAUCUCCACUGUCUGUACCCAAGUCUCCUGACUCAGGACCACAGCUGCUGUGCUGAACUGGGCCACAGCAAAGAGACAUUUCCAGCUUUUGCUCCUGAAGAGUUAAAUUUCAAAAAGUUAGUCUCAAACAAAGUCCAGACAUGCCUGAGAGAAUUUGAGAUAGGGCUCACCAGCCCGACUAUCAGCUCCCAAGGACACUGGCCAUCUGGAGCCACCCCCUCCCCUUCCUUCACUCCCUGAGGAUGGGUCAUCCCCCUGCUGCAGUGAGAUGAGUUGCCCUGCCCCCAUUGCUGAGAUGCUAGAUUACACGUAUGCUUUGUUGAUGUAACUCCGUGCCAAAAGUAACUGUGCACCCUUUGUAUUAGCCAAUUAUGUGUAUCCACACGAAACCCCUGGUUUUCCCUAUAUAAGCUCCUGCCUAGAGAGGCUCGGGGCUUGACUCAAUCUCCUGUGUGUGAUACGUGUCAGCCCGAGAUCUCGUAAAUAAAACUGCCUCUUGCUGAUUACAUCAGGACUGGCUACUCGUGUUUCCUGGGUGUACCCCAACCCGUGACUGGAGCGAGAGUCUCCCCAAGUUUGGGGGUCUUUCAUUGGGGGCUCGUCCGGGAUAGGAGCCUGACCCCCGGAUACUCGAAUGCCUCUUGGAGGUACGUUGGUGUGAGUGUUGAAAGCGGCCGCUGUGUGUGUGUGUGUGUGUGUGUGUGUGUGUGUGUGUGUGUGUUGUGUAUUACGUACUGUAUAUUGUGCCAUGGUCUAGGUUUAAUUUGAGUGCACUCGGGUGGAUGGGCUUCCCACCCUGUAUUUGAGUGUACUUGGGCGGAUGGGUUUCCUGCCCCGGACAGACGCCUGUGAGUAGGUACUGGGUUCCUACUCUGAAUAGCCGUUUUCUUUUUGUUUUCUUUUUUUAGAUAGCAGAAGUGGGGAUGCCCCAGCUCUGGGAGACGUUCCAAGAGCCGAAUAUUGUCGGGAGAACCCGGCGACUGACAGUCGAAAAGAUCUGACUGUGACUUGACUUCGGAGGUUGCGUACGGCUGCCUAUUUAAGUAUAGGCAUGGACAAGUGUGCUUGGAUGUGUUAGUGUCUGUUGUCUGUAUUCUGUUUCUGUGUUUGGUAUCCCAGAAGCAGCUAAGGUUAAGCUGCAGUUUGGCCAGGUACUGAAGGUACCAGGCAUCUGUGGAAAUUGGUUAUAGGAUGCUUUUUCUUGGUCUUGUUUGUCUGGUUUUUUUUUUUUUCCUGUGGUAUUGUCCAGUGUCUUUUUGGCUUUUGUUUCGUUUUUGGACUUGGACUGACAACUGUGUUUGAAAUCUUGGACUGACAACUGUGAUUGAAAUCAUGAAACUGUUUGCUUUGUUUGUCAAGGAGUUUUACUUGGUCCUCUUGGUGCUUAACUUAAAAGUUAAAAAUAAUUUGCUUGAGAGAAAUUGUUUUCUGCCGGGGAGUUUUAUCUUUCUCUCUUGAGCCUCCUCCCCAAGGAGAGCUGCCCCUCUCUUUACUCCCAUUGUCCAGCCCAGCUGCUGUUAACCGUUGUGUAUGAAGGACUCCAGGUUAGCGAGUGAUCCGUCUGAAGCAGGCAUUAACAAGAACCUGAAAGCUUUACCUUAGAUCCUGAAGAAAAAUUCUCCCUGUUGCUUAAACAUUCACAGCUUCUAAGGAAGGGACAGCACAGAGUAGGAAAAUGUAGGGGCUGAGGGUGGCAAGCAUGCAGGCCUGCUAGCAAGCUACAGGCUGCGCGUGGGCAGCAGUGCAGCUCUGGCCAAGUCAGCGUAAGGGGAGUUUCAAGGUAAGGAGCCCAGCAACAAAGAUAGCAUAGAGUUAGUGGUUGUAUUAUGAGACUUUUGUCCCUGGAAAAAAAUAAAUAAAUAAUUCCAGUUGCUGCCUUCAGUGGCCAGACCUUCAACACUUGCUAACAAAAGGAGAGUGUUCAUUAAGAGAAGUUCUUUAAGGGAGCCUGCCUUAUCUGCUGGCCCUAUUCCAAGAGAGGAGUUGAUCUCCAACAUUAAGUAACCUUCCCUGUUAGUCAUCAUUGACAUGGAGAGUGCCUUUGAUCCUAUCCCCACAGCAGCCAGUUCCUGCCCCUGUGGUCAAAAUGCCCCAGGUUGGGGGGGCAGAGAAGCCCCUAAAAUAGUUUCAAAGAAUCUACAACAAACUGUGAAGAACUUUGUUUUGCCAGUCAAAAUUUAGAAUUCAGGCUUUGGCUGUGGCCAAGGUCAGGAUUAAUGUUUUCUUUUCCAUGGGCCUUUAACCCAGUGAGACAGCUUGGUAAAGGACUACUACUACAGUCCUGAUAGCCCCAGGUGAACUGGUUACAAUUCUUUUGUCAGCCACUUAGUAUCUAACACCCAGGUUCUAACCCUCUCUCCAUCCUUUUGUUAUUAGUUCUCACUAGAAGCCUAGUGUCCUUCAGAGGCUGGGUUUAUUGAGAGACAGAGCCACUGAGCUGACACUGAAGGGAGGUACUUCUUAAGUAAAAUCUAAGUCCAGAGAGACAGUCGGUAACAGAUCAGCUGCCUCUCUGCUUGCCUUUCUGUUUCACAGGAACAAAGCUUGUGCUUAUUUCUACAACGGCCUUUUUGUCCCAAGAAGGCCUCCUGGUUUAGCUGUGUGACUAAAUGCUAUUUGUCCUCUUCAGUGGACCUCUAUUCUCAAGAUUCCCUUGUUUUCUCACCAUCCCAUCUGAGAUGCUUGUUAGUAACUAUUACAAGUCUUCUUUACCACUGAGGAAAGACGGAAUCCUACUAGAGGCCAGAAAGAAUGUUCCAGACACGGAUGGAAGGCCCUCACUCCUGACUGUUGACUUGAAUACCCCUGAAGAUAGGGAGUGCUCCAGGUCUGCUGCCAGGCUCCAAGGGUGGGUCUCCGAGGGGCUAGAAAAUGCCCCACCAAUUUGGCUAAAGUAAGAAAAAGAUAUAAAGAAAAAGUUACAGAAACUUGAAGGGUUAAGCUAAGUCACUGAGAGAGUUGUUGUAAGUUGCAGAGAAAAUAAGGUUGAUAUAUGGUUCAGGGUCGGUGCACAAAAGUAGACAGCAACUAAUAGCUGUAGAAGAAGAUACAGACAGAGAGACUGAGGAAGAGAAAGAGGGAAGAAGGUAAAAAAAGCAGGAAGCUAGGGAAGAAAAGAGACAAGAGAGGAACAUAUACUGGCCACAGUAGUUAGGGAACCUAGGAAGAUAGUACCUGGCAACAGAAGAGAAUUCCUGGCUAAAGAUCAGUGUGCCUAAUACAAAGAAAAAGGACACUGGGUCAGGGACUGCCCAAGAAAGAACAAGAGGGGCCACUGGAGAGCUUCUUGGUCCUAGAGUGCUGGCUAUGUACAGAGAUAGAAGUGAAGUGUGGAUACAGGGACCCAAUGCUCUGUGCUCUUAUGCCCCCCCCCAGUGGGCCAAUAUCCAAAGACCUUGAGUGCAAGGGGCUACUGACAACGAACAAUACUUAUGGACUGCCCGAAGAACAGUGGACCUUGGUGUGGGCCGGGUAACUCACCCAUUAGUUCAUGGUCAUCCCUGACUGCCCCUAUCCCUUGCUCAUGAGAAAAUUGCUCUCCAAAAUGGCUUACGUGGGCUAAAAUGGCUGGGUGAGGCCAUGUGUAUGCAUAUCUACAGACUGUGUAUGUGGAGCUUAAGACCUGUCUCAGUGCACCAGUACCUGAUGCUGGGAGAUGUGUGUGUGUGGCUUAGUGCUGUUCUGCCUGGAACACAUCAUUCCUGCCAGCCGGGCUCUGACAAUUAUCACCCAAUCCAAGACUUAAACUGUGAUAGAGUGGCUGAUGUUUUAGAGUGUCCCAGAGGAUGGGAUCACUGAUCAGCUGACAUGGACUAGAUUCUCCACCUGUUGGGGGCAAUCUGGUCACCUUGCUGCCCAAUCCUGACCUGGAGCCACCACAGCACAAGUGUCAAGCACUGGCAGAAGCCCAUGGGUGGAGGAAAGACCUCUGCGACUGGCUGAUUGACCCCUGCUGAAAGCCGAGGACCUUGUUCACAGACGGGAACAGUCCUCUUCAUGAAGGUCAGAGAUAAGUGGGUGCUGCCAUGGUGGACAACACAAUGUCAUCUGGGAUGGCUGAACUUCCACCCCCCAGCACAUCAGCACUGCAGAUGCCUUUACCAUCUCUUGGAUGCCCUGGUGAAGCCAACAACUGUGAGUACUAUUCAUUGCUCAGGAUAUCAGAAGGAAGAGAUUCAGUGGCAUGGGACAGUAACAAAGCAGAUAAAGUGGCUCGGAAAAUGGCUAUGCAGGAGCCUAUCCUGGUUACAGGCCUACAAGAGACAGCCACUAGGAACUGGGAUUGGACUAAGGGAUGGCCUCACUUAAAAUGUACAACAGAAGAAAAGGCCCAAAUUGCUUAAAAGAAGAAAAAAAAGACAAUGACACACUUGAUAAAAAAAACUAUAUUCCUCAGAGAAAGAUGUCAGUAAGUAAAUGCUUAACAGGAAAACAGGACAAAGAGACCUAGAGAGUUUAGUAAAAAGUUGAAGUGAACUUCACUGAGAUAAAACCAGGAAAAUAUGAUCACAAGUAUCUCCUAGUGCUUGUAGAUACCUUUCCAGGAAUAGACAAAAACUUUCCUCACCAAACAAGAGACGGCCUCUACAAUCAUCAAGAAGAUACUGGAAGAAAUCUUUCCCCCGAUUUGGAAUGCCCAAGGUAAUCUGGUCAGACAAUGGCCCUACUUUCGUUGCCAAGGUAAGCCAGGGUGUGGCCAAGUAUUUAGAGGUUGAUUGAAAAUUACAUUAUAUUUACAGACCUCAAAGUUCAGGACAGGUAAAAUAAAUAAAUAAGACUCUAAAAGAGACCCUGUUCAAAUUGACCAUGGAGAAUGGUACAGACUGGGUGACACUCCUUCCCUCUUGCUCUCUUCAGAGCAAGAAAUACCCCCUCCAGAUUCAGCUUUACCCCCUUUGAGAUCAUAUAUGGGGCCUCAGAUCCUCUGACUGUAUUAGAUAAUGUUACUGAACCAACAUGUCAUAGUAAUAAUGAUUUAUGUGCCAGGCUAAAAGACCUACAGGUGAUACAGAAAGAAAUCUGCUCACAGCUGGCAGCAGCCUAUGCUCCGCGGACCCCCGAGACAUCUCAUCCGUUCCAGGUCAGAGACUGUAGCUACAUACAAUGACACGGAGCCUAGACACUCGAGCCUCGCUGGAAAGGACCGUACCUGGUGCUGCUGACCACCCUCACAGCCGUCAAUUCUCAGCCCUCACCAGCCGCAUACUAGCUGUUGGGGCUGAGAGCUGGGACCUAGAGGGACACUCAGAUCUUCAAAAAGCUCCCUAGACUUACACAUCAGAUAAGUGACUGGGAGGUUGUUAUAAUGCUCACUUGAGGAGUGUGCUUUAGAAAAAGAAUUUCAUGUUUGCCCUGGGUUCCAUCGAGAAAAAUAUAGAGAGAGGCUUGAUUUCUAUUACAAAUGAUGUAACAUGACAUAUGUUAAUACUCCUAACACUUCUUGGGACUGUGGCUCAGGUACCAUAAGUUUAAAAGUUCUAAGAUAGUCAUGACCUUGGUGUAUAGGUCUAGAUAGUGUUCAGAUUGGAAUCCUAAAGACUUUUUAGCUGACCUCCAAGAAUACCUAACCUCCCUCUCAGAGGUAGUCCUUCAAAAUAGGAGAAGAUUAGACCUCAUAUUCCUUAAAGAAAGAGGGCUAUGUGCUGCUUUGAGAGAAGAAUGUUGUUUUUACCUCGAUCACUCCGGGACCAUUAAAGAUUCUAUGGCUAAAAUUAGGGAGAGGUUGGACAAGAGACGACGAGAACGAGAAACCACUGAUAACUGGUUUCAAAGCUGGUUCGAUAGGUCCCCAUGGCUUACCACCCUGCUGUCAGCCUUAGCUGGUCCCUUGAUUAUCCUCCUCCUUUCGCUCACUUUUGGGCCCUACAUCAUUAAUCGCCUUUUAGCUUUUUCAGGGAGCGGAUUAGCACUGUAUAUGUCCUCAUGUUAAGACAACAGUACCAAGCUGUUAUGCCAGAUGAAGCUGAGCUCUCCAUGUAGUUCUAAGAUUAGAACUACUCACAACAAGUAGAGGGGAAUGAAGAGUUAAAUUUCAAAAAGUUAUUCUCAAACAAAGUCCAGACAUGCCUGAGAGAAUUUGAGAUAGGGCUCACCAGCCCGACUAUCAGCUCCCAAGGACACUGGCCAUCUGGAGCAACCCCCUCCCCUUCCUUCACUCCCUGAGGAUGGGUCAUCCCCCUGCUGCAGUGAGAUGAGUUGCCCUGCCAACAUUGCUGAGAUGCUAGAUUACACGUAUGCUUUGUUGAUGUAACUCCGUGCCAAAAGUAACUGUGCACCCUGUGUAUAAGCCGAUUAUGUGUAUCCACACGAAACCCCUGGUUUUCCCUAUAUAAGCUCCUGCCUAGAGAGGCUCGGGGCUUGACUCAAUCUCCUGUGUGGGAUACGUGUCAGCCCGAGAUCUCGUAAAUAAAACUGCCUCUUGCUCA